AUGUUUACCAAUAGAUUUGCUUGCGUUAUGGAUCUUCUUGAAACGAAAUCAGCAGCUGCUCUCUCAAGUGAAGAUAUAAGCGAUGAUGAGGCUUGCGUUUUACCAGCAGAUACGAUGCUUAUCCUGCAGCAAUUUUUGCAAGAGAAGGAAUCGAAAGAACGGUCUGAAAAGGCUGGAGCUGAGCCGGCAGGAUGUUUUGAGGAAAACUGGCAAUUAAGUCAAUUUUGGUACAACGAAAAAACGAAACAGAAGAUUGCACUUAUUGUGAGAAACCUGCAAGAUGAAUCGACUUCAGACACAUUUCAAGUAGCGUUGCUUUCGGCGCCUUCGGCGUUCAAGCACGUGGUCAAUGAAAAUCAACAAGCUAUGCUGUUUGAGUUUGAUGAAAGAUUCGCCUCGUAUGGGGAUAAUUUUCAACAAUAUGACUACAACAGAGCUUAUGACGCGGGGUAUAUGGACGCGUUUGCCGAUAAAUUCGACCUCAUCAUUGCUGAUCCACCAUUCUUGUCCGAAGAAUGCAUCGAGAAGAUAGGGGCGAUCGUGAAAAAAAUCUCCAAACAAAACGCAAAAAUAGUUCUUUGCUCGGGUGCUGUAGUACAAGAAUGGGCCAAGGAACAUCUUGGGGUUCGUUUGUGCCAGUUCCGACCAGAACAUGAACGAAAUUUAGGCAAUGAAUUUCAUUCGUAUGCGAAUUUCGAUUUAGACUCCAUUCUUAAUAAAGGAGUUUGAGAGG